UUUUAAUUUUAUUUUUUAAAAUACAAGACUCAAAAGGUAUCAAUAACAACAUUUUAUUUGCUCUGAACUGACAUUCAAAAAUCUAUCUAUAAAGUAUGGAUAAAAGGGCAAAAGAGGCAGAAAUAAAAGAAAGGCGAAAGCAUGUCCGAAGGCGAUUUCGAAUUCUUACUCGUAUAGUUAUAUUAAAUAAAGCAUGGCUGGAGGAUACGGAAGAACAACAAAUGUCAAUGGAUGCCAAGAAAAACAUUGACAAGCUUUUGCGACCGAAAAGAAAAAUAGGAAUUCUUACUAUGAAUGAUAAGAAAAUAAUGAGAACUCCAUUUUGGAUGAGACCUAUUGAAGACAGAAAACAUAUGAUUAACUUAAUGCUUAAUUUAACAUGUUUUGCAAAAUUCAAACCGAAAGUAAGAGCCCGCCUUGGUCUGGUUGUUACAUUUAAUUACCUGACGGCUGGACGUAUUAUAGUCAAAGAAAAUUAUGUUCCUAUGACUUUAUAUUUCAUCACCUAUGGUGAAGUCGAAGUCACAAGAACAAUUUUUAACCAGGAUACAAAUAUGUAUGAAGAAAAAUUACAAUACAUUUUAGCUCCUGGAGAUUGCAUUGGAGAUAUAGCAUUUCUUGAACAUUGUCGAAGGAUACAAACAUGCAAGGCCAGAAACGAUGUGGAACUCUUGACUAUUUCCGAGGAGGAUUUCGAAAAAAUUCUUCGUACUCCUAUGGAGGAGCUAUGGCAAGAAAAGAAACUUGCUCUGGCAGCAUUUGACUAUUUCAAGGAUUGGAACUUACAGCAGAAAAUUUUUGCGUGUAAAGUUGGAUUGUUGAAGCAAUAUGAACCUUUGGAGACAAUUUAUUACGAGGACAAAGGACCCCUGACUUAUGUCCAUUUUGUAAUAAGUGGAGAGUGUAUGAUAGUACAAUGUUUAAAGAUGAAGGUGACUGAGAAGAGACAUAAGAAAUCGUAUAGCCUUUUGGAUAUUCAAGAAGGGGACACUACGUUGCCUUUUAGAGACAUGACGAAAGAACAGAUUUUUAAGAAACUCGUUGAAUCCAAAAUCAAAGGCGGUGCAAGAUUGGAUGUUGUUGAAUCUGAUGAUAAAACGGUAAACUCCUCGUCAGAUUCUGAAGAAGAUGAUCAGGAGGAAGAGGAAGUGCCAGGAGUUUACAAAAAGGCUCGCAAGUCGUUCUACAAAGAAUUCGCUCACAAAUGCGGAGUGGACGUCACUGGUUAUAACAAAGUGAAAGAAGAUUCAGUUUUUGAUUUAAUUCCUAAUUUAGUUCCUGUAACCGAAAAAACUUCAGAAAAGCGCUUAACAGCCAAAUUUUUGAGUUCACAAAGAAGAUCAUCAACAGUUAUAAACAAGUUAAAAGAGGAACUGAACUCCAACAUCGAGAGUCACUUGAUAGACGUUGGAUCCCUCACCUACGGUGGCAUCUUUGGUUUAGGCGAACAACUUCAACAUCGUGUUAUAAUGGCACGAACAACUGUUCAAUGUCUACUCAUACCACGGUUUUGGCUUUUCGAAAAAGACCAAAAUCCCGGAAAUAUAUGGCAGCGUAUGCGAUUCUACAUAGACUCAACAAUUCCGUCGCGUGAAUUACUUUUCAAAGAUUUCCUUGCAACACGCAAGUGGCAACAACUCAAGAAGAAACUAAUUGACGAAUCGCUUGACAAAACUAAAGUUGGUAAUCCAACUAAAGUGCAAGACAUUCCCAUCAUAUGUCGCAUUACUGAAGCUAACGGUGAUGAUGACAACAGCACCUAAAUAAUACUCAAAACCGAGAACUUUUCUAGCUUCCUGCGUGUCUGGGAAUGCAACAAAUUGCCACUUAUUAAAAUGAAUAUGUAAAUAAAUUCCAACAGUAA